AUGGCGAAAACCGUCCGGUUGGGGAACCGGUUACGGUACCCCAUAACGGUCGUCCGACUGCUUAAACAACCUGGCAAUAAAAUCAAGAAACAAGAACCCCUCAUGGAAUACUCGUUCAAGUGGGUUAAGGAAGUGGGCGACAGUAUCCGUGGCGACACAUGGGAGGAGGAGCAGACAACCAUCGUGAAUUGGGCCUCGCCCAGCGACGGGGAGCUGACGAACUGGCACAUUCGGGAAGGCCAAAAGAUUGUGAUGGACCGCAUCGCGAUGGAAGUCGUGGAGGAAUGCUCCCACGAAAUUCAGUAUCAGGGCCUCUGCGCGAUGUGUGGCAAGGACAUGACCGAAGUCAACUGGGCCACCGAGACCCGCGACACGGCCCGGGCUCCCAUCAACAUGGUGCACGACCACACCAACCUGACCGUCAGCGCGAUCCGGGCUCAGCGUACGGAGCGAGACCUGCAGCGCCGGUUAUUGGAGAGCCGGAAAUUGAGCUUGGUUGUCGAUCUGGACCAGACCAUCAUCCAGGCGUGUAUCGACCCGACCGUGGGCGAGUGGCAACAGGAUCCUACCAACCCAAAUCACGAAGCCGCCAAGAAAAUCCAAAGUUUCCAGCUUGACGACGGGCCCUCUGACUUAGCUAGGAGAUGCUCAUUUUACAUCAAGAUGCGCCCCGGGCUCGAGGAGUUCCUCAAGACGAUUGCGGAAAUGUAUGAACUGCACGUCUACACCAUGGGAACCCGCGCGUACGCCCAGAACGUGGCUCGCGUUGUGGAUCCGGACAAGAAGCUGUUUGGAAACCGCGUCAUCAGCCGCGACGAGAACGGCAGCAUUUUUUCCAAGAACCUGCAACGGCUCUUCCCCGUCAGCACCAACAUGGUUGUCAUUAUCGACGACCGGUCUGACGUGUGGCCUCGCAACAGACCUAACCUGAUCAAGGUGUCCCCGUACGAGUUUUUCAAGGGCAUUGGAGAUAUCAACUCAAACUUCCUACCAAAACGCCACGACCUGCUCACCUCUGGCUCCGCUGCGAAGGGAACAAAAAAGGACAAGAAGAUCACGAGUGAGCCCGUGGCGGGCGGUGAUGACAGCACCUUGCUCAAGCAACAGGCACAGGAGCAGGAGCGGGAGUUUGAGAAGCAAAUAAACGACCGGCCUCUGCAGAUGUUGCAGGAAAAGCUCGACCGCGAAGGUGAAGAGGCUGAAAAAGCCACCGUGCAGUCCGACGACGGCUCCGAGUCGCGCGCCUCCUCUCCACCACCACAACGCCAUCAUGUUCUGCAAGACGAUGACGAAGAACUCAAAUAUCUCCAAGAACACCUCGCCUCCCUCCACCGUGCUUACUUUGCGGAGUACGACGAAAGCCAAGCAUCACAACCAGCAUCCAACAACGACGUCCUAGCCCAGGUCCCUGACGCUGGCCGGAUCCUCUCAGAUCUCAAGAUUCCAGUCCUGCAAGGCCUCAAGAUUGUUUUGUCUGGCGUGCUUCCCCGAGGGAUUGAUAUCUACAGUUCCGAAAUCGGCCUACAAAUCAUCUCUUUUGGUGCCGACCUCCGCCCCAAAAUCAGCAAAGACGUCACGCACCUGGUGGUCAACGCGGCGCAACCAGGCAGGGACAAAUUACUCGAAGCACGACGCCGACCGCACAUCAAGAUUGUCAGCCAGGAGUGGCUAGCCGCCUGUUUCACGCAGUGGGCCGCUGUCGACGAGACGCCGUAUCUGUACACCUCCCGCAUCGUCGGGGAACACGGGACCGCACCGGGGGGGAUCCCAAGUGAGGAAGACGAGGACGACGAUGACGAAGAGGAUGAGGAGGAUGACGAUACCGACAACGCAGAUGGCAGCGGCAGCAAAACCCGCCGGCUUGCUAAUGGCAAGCCAUUGAAGCUGAGACUCCUGUCGUCGUCUGCUAACGGCCAGGCGUCCGGGGAGUCCGGGGAUGACACCGACCUUGAACCGGGUCUGUUACCAGAUGAGCUACCGGAUGGCUCCUCUUCGCCAAUCGACGGGCUGAAGACCUUUAACUGGGGUUCAGCCGACGAGGAACUCGCCGAGUUCCUGGCGAGUGGAUCAUCCGACGACGACGAGGAUGAAGACGGGAUCGACGACGAAGAAGACGAAGACGAAGAUGUCGACGACGCACAACCAGAGCCCCUGAGCGCCAACGACUCUUCCCUCCUCACAACCUCCCCCACCGCGGGCACGAAACGAAAAGGCCGCUCCAGCGACGACGAGGAUGAUGACGACAACGACAAUGACGUCGAUACAGUCGCUGUCGAGACAGGGGGUGUUAACGGCACACCCGCCAAACGACUCCGUCGCACCCAGAGCCAGCGCGCUUCGUCUCUGCGUAACGAAUAUGUCGCCGGUGCUGCCACCGCUACGGCUAGUGAUCGUGGCGAUGACAGCGGAUUGCCCACGCCUAGUAGGUCAGAGGGGCAAGACGGGGACACCGAUGGACAGAAACCUGCAGAGCUGGGGGAGCAGGAGGCGAGCGGGGAAGGGGAUGAUGACGAGCUGGAGUUUGACGAUGCGGAGCUGGAAGCUGCGUUUGAAGCGGGCUUUGAGAAGGAGGCGGCUGAGUUGGAGGCGCAGAUGGUUGCUGAUGCUGCGUUGGAGGAGGGGGCUAUGGAUGUUGAGAAGGGAUAA